UGACCUCAUAUCGAUCCUCGCAACCAAUCUUCCAAAGACAGAUCUUUGUCGUCUGCUGAUCUGGGGCACUGAGUGAUCGCUCCAGGGGCGCGACACUAAUCCCUUGAUCAAAUGACGGCGGGUGCACCCAUCCGACAGACGGGAGCGACACCAGACGACACCAGCGCACAAGGCCAUGCCGUGUCCCACGCUACCUCGCCCCUUUUAGCCCGUCCCUUUUGGCCCUCACAGCAUGCAAAAACGGUCAUGGGAAAUGCGGGGUCCCCAGCCGGCUGGGCAUUCUCCAGAUCCGGAUCAAGAUGAGGCUGUGCCAGGCCCAAGUAAGCCCAUACUGCUGCUUCGAUCCCAGAGGCCGCAGAAAAUGGCCAACAUGUCUGCAUUGGUCCUCAUCUCCGUGAUAUUGAGUUUCAUCUCAUGCCAACAGACCACCCCCCGGCUUAGCAAACUAGCCGUUGGAUAGCAGCUCAUUGGCCGGUGUGCCUCUUACGCCUGUUUUUAGGCGUUUUUGUUUGACUGGUGGGCCUCCGACGUCCGAGACGGGAGGAAGCCCUCUCAUUCUUCGAUAGCAUUCAGUGUUUGCUCAUCGGCAGCCCGCAGUUUUUCAAUGCACAGCCACCAGACUCGUAUGUGUCCAGAUGCCCUCCUUUGCUGUUGUACCGGAGCGUCGCAGAUUCAAGUGCGCCUCCCUGGCGCCUAAUCUGCGGCCGUUUGCUCGGCCAGGCAUUUAACAGCGUCCUGAGGCCGGAGGUGUUGUUGGGAAGGGGGAUACGGUAAGAGGACGGGCAUAAAUACAGGUCCAGAUCUCAUCGUCAAAGCCAAAGAGAUGUUCAACCCAAGGCGCCUCUUCUCGAGCCAAAGGGAAUCGGCAUCUAAACAGUCGUCUGAACAGUCAUUGGACAUCUUUUCCACCAUCUUCCGCCCUCGAUCUGUCAAGAAAUCACCUCCCGCUCCCAAGACAUCGCCUUCCAUUCCCGAAACACAACCUCCCCCUAUCAAAACAUCACCUCCCACUAUCAAAACAUCUCCUCUAGCUGUCAAGACCCCACCACACGCACCAAGGCAUCGUCCCCCCAAGAUGACUGUUAACGGCAACAACACUCAAGGGGCUCUCCUGAGCCAGAAGCUCCUGGUCACCAUCGACAAGCUCAGGGAGGCAGGCGUCGCAACAUUCAUCUCGCUCCCUCAGCUCGUGGUUGUUGGUGACCAAUCGUCCGGCAAAAGUUCUGUCCUUGAGAGCUUGACGGGAUUCUGCUUCCCCCGAGCCGCCGGGCUCUGUACCCGCUAUGCAACGCAAAUUAGCUGCUGUCGUGAUCCCCAGAAGAGCGUUGUGAUCUCCAUCAUUCCCCGGCCCGAUGCCGGCGAUGACCUUAAAGCCAAGCUCCUCAAAUUCCGUCGGCACAUGACAGAGAUCGACAACGACGAGCUCGCCGGCAUUUUUCAAGAUGCGAACGAAGUUAUGGGAAUCCGAAUGGAGAUGGAUCCGACCGCAUUGGGUGGUGGUGGUGACGCGUUCAGUGAGGAUAUCCUCAAGAUCGAGAUCAAUGGUCCGGAGCAAAACCACCUCACGGUGAUUGACGUUCCGGGAAUCUUCCGCGUCCACACUCCUGGCCUCACGACCAAGAACGACAUUUCCAUAGUUCGGAACAUGAUCGAGCGAUACAUGGCCAACCGCCGAACCAUCAUCUUGGCCGUGAUUCCUUGCAAUGUGGACAUCAACACGCAGGAGAUUCUCAAGAUGGCAGAGGCCGCUGACCCCGAGGGUAUCAGAACCAUGGGGGUGAUGACCAAGCCAGACCUCGCCAUGGAAAAGGCGACCCAGAAGGCCGUCAUGGAUCUCCUCUCGGGGAUGCGCAACCCGCUGAAGCUAGGAUACCAUGUCGUCAAGAACCGCGGUGCGGACGAUGAGGAAUCCACGCUCCAAGACCGGCUGGCCGCCGAAAAGGGCUUCUUCAUGUCGUCGCCGUGGUCGUCGGUCGCCGACCACUGCGGCGUCCCGGCGCUCAAGAUCCGGCUUGGGGAUCUUCUCAUGCAAAUCUCCAAGACGGAGUUUCCCAAGGUCAAGAGCGAGAUAGAGGCCAAGCUGCGUCAUCGCCGGGCUGAGCUUGAAUCCAUGGGCCCCUCCCGCGUCGACGCCAUCGCCCAACGCCAGUUCUUGGGCAGCCUGGCUACCAAAUUCCAGGGGCUGGCGCAGUCUGCGGUGGGCGGGCACUAUGAAUCCGAUCGGGCCUUCACCGACAACGAGGAACUCAAGCUCAUCACCAAGAUUAUCAAGCUGAACGAGUCGUACUCCAACUUGUUUGCUGCUCACGGUCACAAAUACCGAUUUGACAAGCCAGCCGCAACACGCGAAGAUUAUGAGUCCGAUUGUGAAUUCGAGUCUGGUCAAGCUCGCAUCGAGACGCAGGAUGAGGGAAUCAAAAAAGAGGAAAUCGCACGGGCAAGCGUGGUAUUCGAGGAGUGCGUCAAGACAUACGAGAAGCACUCGCAUGAGUUCCUUCCCCUGGACACUGUUUGCGACUCGAUCACUUUCCGCUGCCCCAUUCCAACGGAAUCGGGCAUUAUGAAGGUGAUCGAGCAGGUAUACGAUACCAGCCGAGGGCCGGAGCUUGGAACUUUUGGCGGCGGCGUUUUCACCACCGUGUUCCGCAAGCAGUCCGAGAACUGGGAGCCCCUCACUCUCGCGUAUGCCAGCAAGGCCAUCGUUAUAGUACACGACUUUAUCGCCCGUCUGCUCCGCACUCUCUGCCCCGACACAGACACCAGGGAGCAGCUGUACCAGCAGCUCCUUGUCGACCGGCUCAUCGAGUCUUACAAGCGCGCCAUGGACCACGCCAUGUUCCUGCUCAACGUGGAGCGGUUCAGCCACCCCAUGACGGUGAACCACUACUUCAACGCGACCCAGCAGAGCAGCCGCGGCGAGCGCCUGCUCGAGACCUUCAAGAAGCUCUGCUUCCGGACCGACGACGGCUCCAGCGUCGUCAAGCUCGACGCCAUGAAGCACUGCGCCACCGACAAGGAGAACGCGCAGCAGGUGCGCGAGGACAUACUCGACACCCUCAUCAGCUACUACAAGGUGGCCCGCAAGCGCCUCGUCGACGUCGUCUGCCUCCACGUCGUCUACCACCACCUGCUGCAGGCGCCCGACAGCCCGCUGCGCAUCUUCAGCCCCGACCUCAUCAUGGGGCUCGAGGACGAGAAGCUGGCCGCCGUCGCGGGCGAGGCGCCCGAGACGACGCGCCGCCGGCAGGCGCUCGCGAGGGAGAUUGAGAGCCUGGAGCUUGGUGUGAGGAUUCUCCGAUCGUGAUGUUGCCAGUUGUGGGGGGCUUCGGAAGGGCCUAAAUGGUUGCCCCGAAUUGGGAAAAGUGGCCAAGGAAGUGGCAGCACCUCCGCAGGAGGGCGCCCAGGUUGUGCUAAUAAUCCAAGCUAGCAGUUGGUAGAUAGAGUAUGCCUAGAAGCCUUUUGGUGGCACAUCUACAGUUUGACCUCCCAGUGCUCCUGCUUAAAUCGUGGCUUAUGCCAGUAGCAUUUCGCUUCUUGGUUGCAUGAAGGGGAUCCAAUCGAGUUUCGCCGAC